AGGUGGCGUUCAGCAACCGAAGAAAUAACAUGGCGGCGCCCAUGCAAGCGUUUGUUCACUGCUGAAGGAAUCGAAAUUUCUGCAUACCCACCAGAUAUAUGAUAAAAGAAAUGGCUGAGAACAAAGAUGAAUCUGUGGAGGCAGUGGAGUCUCCACCUCCUGUUCCAUCAGUUACGGAGCAACAGAAGGAGUUAGCCAAUCAGGCCCUUCAAGAAUUCAAUCAAAAACAGUAUGGUGCAUGUUGUAACCUCAUGCACAAGUUGAUUGCUCAGAGGAACACAGAUCCAAAAGUUGUUCAUAACAAAGCUGUAGCUGAGUUUUAUCAAAGUGGCUUUCUCACAACAGAUGAAUUCCGGGAUCGAUUGUCAUCCGUGUGUCUUAUGGCAAAUGUAAAUAUCAACAACAGCGAGAGUCUAGAGGAUGUAGACCACAGUGUCAUCUACUACAACCAGGCAGUAGUGCUGUACCACCUCCGACAAUAUAAGGCCGCUCUCAACAUCCUCGACAAACUCUUCCAGUUCAUCGAACCUCUGGAAGAAGCCUUAGCUAGAAAAGCAAUGAUGUUACUUGUGGAGUUGUACCUGUGUACGUUCCAGCCAGAAAAAGCUAUCGGCAUGCUGAGUUAUGCAGAAAAAACGAUGUUCAAUGGAAGCAAAGAAAAAACAGAGAAAGAAAACAAGGAGGAAACAGAAGCAUCAGAGCAGUGGAAACCCAAAAUUAGCUUGUUCAAAACAAGGUGCUUACUAAUGAUGAAGUCCAUGAAAUCCUGUAAGAGAGAGAUCAAAUCAUUGAUGACUACCCAGGCAGUGAAUACGUCUGUGAUAUUUCUGAAGAGUAAUUUUGAAUACCUAAGAGGAAAUUAUCGAAAAACAAUUAAAAUGUUGGGGCCACCCUCAUUUGUGCAACUGUUUACAGAGUCAGGAGAGUGCUUGCCAGUUAUGUAUUAUAACAAUAUGGGAUGUGUGCACUUUCACAUGCGCAAACAUCACAAUGGAGCAUUUAACUUCAGAAAGGCAAUUCAGGAAAAUGAAAAUGCAAUCAAAGAUCUACGACGAGGGGCAGAGCAACAUAAAAAUCUGAAUGGAAAACCGUUAAACAUGAUUGGCGUGAGUCGCCACUAUGAGCUGCUCUACAACAUGGGCAUACAGCUGCUGCAUUGUGGGAAUCCGCUUGGUGCAUUUGAGUGUCUGGUAGAGGCUGUACAAGUUUUCCGGGUCAACCCUCGGCUUUGGUUACGACUUGCUGAGUGUUGUAUAAUGGCUAACAGAGAGAGUAAUGAUGAUGACAGGAAACUGGAACGAAGACUAGAGGUCAUUCAGGGGUCAGAUGGAAGUGGAAUUCACAGGAAAUUACGACUAGGUCCUGGCAUUCACAAAAACCGGGCAAGUCCUGGUACACCAGCUAUCCCAGCCCCCAACCUCGAGUUUGCCGCUCUUUGCCUGAAAAAUGCUCUGCUCCUAUUACGAGAUGAUCCCCUAAAUGCACAACCCACGCCAACUGAGGAUCAGGACGGAGUUAAGACUCCCCCGGAAAUGGUGCUGGUUCCUGCUCCGCCUGGUAACCCGAUGCGAGCUCUGGAGGUUGCUAAUCUCAGAUGCUCUAUCCUUGCGGCAGCAGCUUAUGUGUCCCUGUGUUUGUACGACUACGCUCUAGCUCUUCAACACGCCGAGAAUCUUCUACGCCAACCUCGAUUAUCGGGAGCACAGAGGUACCUUGGUCACCUGUACAUGGCAGAAGCCCUUGUUGCCAUGGAUAAGAUAGCAGAUGCCAUUCAGCAUCUGAACCCAGAAACAGUUGUGGACAUCAGUACAAAUCCACCUGAGCAGAAAUCUGACCAAGAUAAAAAUGACAAAGGAGACAAAUUGGACAAAGGAGAAAAAGACCAAGAAUCCUCGGAAGCCAAAGGUUCUCUGUAUCCAUGGUCGCCAAAAGAUCUGACAAAAGCCAAAGCGAUAAUGCAGUAUAACUUGGCCACAGCUCACGCUAUACGUGGGGAAUAUGAUAAAGCGAUGGCCAACCUGGGAGAGAGCUCAAACUACAUUGGAACACCCCUGCCUGCCCAGAUGUACUUCCUUAAGCUGUACCUGGACCUAAUCGAAGGUCGAAGAAAGAUGGCACAGAUUGUCAUCAAAGACCACUUUGGUCAUGUGACACCUAAUCGAGUAGAAAUGAAGAUCAACUCCAAACCCAGCAAUGUACGAAAUGAUGUUCCAAUGCCCUGAUAAUACAAGUGUUUUACCGAGUAGAGCAAGACAAAGUGAACUAAUAUCACAGUGAGGCUAUGUUACCCUAAAUGAUAAAGAUGCGGAUCCUUAGAAAGAGUCAUCCCCCUUAGGAGAGGACCUUAGUUUGAUACAGCUUCCUGCAUAUAGAUUUUUAAAUAUCUUUAUUCAAAGCACAGCAUGAUUCCACAUUAUUGUUUAUUAUUAUGUGGGGAUAAGAAAGGAUGACAUCCACUUAAAAACAAUGCCCUACCUUAAAGAGCAACUGUUAAAAUGGUGGAUGUCAUCUCAUUUACAUGUGUCUCAGCGGAGAGGCUAGUCAGAGUGAUCAAAACAAGUCACAUGGGUAAUUCUGGUUUACAGGUCAGUGGAGGUCACUUAGGUUGUAUUUCAUAUUGCAUUAACCUGAGGUCAACAGAGGUCAAGGUUCGUAGGGUAAUCCUAAGUCGCAGCAGUCAAUUUGAGUCAUGGAGGUAAUCCUGCAUUACAGAUCCAUCUGAAUUCAACAAGAGGUUUAAUAUUGGUUAAUCUUAUACCACAGAGCUCAGCCUUUGUCAUUAACAAGAAGUGAACUUUGCCAUUAGUAUAUUGGUCACAGAGACCACUGUUUCUUAAUGAUAUGUUAUCUGUCAGAAAACACUGCCAAAGUGCUAUUUUUUAUUAUUAUCAAGGUGUCUGGAUGUACACAAAGAUAUUUUCUGUCUUGUAUUAUGCCAAUGUAAAUCCCUUGUGUACUUCCUUUCACAUUUAAGUUUUAUACAUUCAGAUUCUAAACGCCAGUGAUGUUUUUGUCGUUGAUGUAUACCUUCUGUGACACAGGGACCAGACACCCAUGAAUUAUUUUGUCUAUAAACAUAAAUACCUUAGCAUGAAAUGGACAAUAGGGAAAUCAUCAUGAAUGUUGGUUAUAAAUUAUUUGAAUUAUUAUAUUGAUGAUGAAAGCAAUGGAUCUGAUUUGUAAAAGAAUUCAGAAGAAGCAAUAAAAAUGUAAUGAAAAUA